AUGGAAGGUCUCUGGCCAUGGGUCCUGAUUCUGAUCUGUCUGCCUGGCUUCAUCCUAGGAGCACCCUCAGCCUCUCACUGCGCUGGAGCCUGUGGGACCAGAUUCUCAGAAGACCUCACCCCUGAGGAGACCCAGACAUCCUGGGACAAGGACAUCCCUGCAAUAAACCAAGGGCUGAUUCCAGAGGAGUCCCCAGAGAGCAGCUUCCUCUUGGAGGGGGACAUCCUCCGGCCGAGUCCCUUCCGGCUGUUCUCGGCGGCCAGCAGCAAGUGGCCCAAGAAUGGCGGAGUCGUGGAGGUCCCCUUCCUGCUCUCCGGCAAGUACGAUAAGCCUAGCCGCCAAGUCAUCCUGGAGGCAUUCGCUGAGUUUGAACGCUCCACUUGCAUCAGAUUUGUUGCCUACAAUGGCCAGAGGGACUUCAUUUCCAUCAUUCCCAUGUCUGGGUGCUUCUCGAGCAUUGGCCGCAGUGGAGGGAUGCAGGUGGUGUCUCUAGGACCCAGCUGUCUCCAGAGGGGCCCGGGCAUCGUCCUGCACGAGCUCAUGCACGUGCUGGGCUUCUGGCAUGAGCACUCGCGGGCCGACCGGGACCGCUACAUCCGUGUGAACUGGAAUGAGAUCCUCCCAGGUUUUGAAAUGAACUUCAUCAAAUCUCGGAGCAGCAACAUGCUGGUGCCCUAUGAUUACUCUUCAGUGAUGCACUAUGGGAGGCUCGCCUUCAGCCGGCGCGGGCUGCCCACCAUCACCCCACUCUGGGCCCCCAGUGUCCACAUUGGCCAGCGCUGGAACCUCAGCAACUCGGACAUCGCACGGGUCCUCAGGUUUUAUGACUGCAGCCCAAGUGGCCACGAGCCCAGUGGGAAAGGGCUCCAGACCCCUGGGAGUGGUAGGAGCCCCACUCCUGGCUCUAGGUCACAGCUGCAGCAGCUUCUGCAGGCGUUGUUGGAGGAAUCCAGAUCUGACCCCAGAGGCUUCGGGGCAGACCAGCAUGAUGCUGCUGCUGCCGGGUCUGAAGAGAGCCUUCGUGCACAGAAGCCCCCCACCAUGAGGAAUUCUGAUGUGAAGGCCUCUGCCGACCCCGCCCCGUCAGCCCCCGGCUUCCUCCCUGAGGCCAAAGCCUGGGGUGGUCUUUUCUGA